CGUCACGUGACCCAGCACGGCGGCGCUGCCGCCAUCGCGGCGCCGUGGCUGUCUGUGACGUGUAACCUGGUGCGUGACGGACGAGCCGUGUCCCACCUGGAGCCCACCGCUCCGUGGCGUUAGCUCUGUCGAGACGCCCCGCGACGGCAGGCGGGCGCCUGAGCAGCUCGCGGUCUCCUCCGUCCAAGAGAAGGCCCGCGCAGCGUCUGUCGAGAAGGGCUCAGUGGCUGGCGUGAGUCGACUGCACGUCUUCGAGACUGUCUACUGAGUGAGUCGACUGCGUGUCUCCGAGACUGCCUACUGAGAUAGUCGACUGCGCGUCUCCCGAAACUGUCCAUUGAGUGAGUCGACUGCACAUCUCGUGGCCCGUCGGUGCAGGUGAAGGGUACGGAUUCGGAGGCCUUGACUCCACCAGAUCAGCAGGAUGGUGCUGAAGAAGAAUCCCAAGUCGGCCAAGCUCGACCCGCUGGACAAGGAGAAGCUGCGCGAGGAGAACAGUAAGAAGACCAUGUCGCAGUCGUCUCUUUACGGCGGGUCGGGCCAGACCGAGUACCUGCCGAAGCUGGACGAGGAUGAGGAACACCCCAUGCCGUACUUCAUCACGGCGACAGCCAGCCUACCUAGGCCGGCAGAGAAGCCGUGGGAGAGUCUCGAGGAGAAGAAGGCUCGUAAACGGCUGGAUCACUGGCUGCACAAGAAGGCAUUCCAAGUGGACGUCCUGGAUGAGUUUCUGUCUGACGUUCUAGUGGAGGAUCUUUCCACCGUAGCAUCUGUAUCCAUGCAGGAGGGCAAAUACAAGCUGAAGCAGGAUCGCGUCAAGGCGGCCUACAUCGAGGAGGAGAUCGUGCCGCCGGUGAUCGCCGACAAAUGCAUGCUCACUGUUUGGGAGCUGCUGGUGGAGGCGGCCCGCGGCCUCGACACGGCUACAUUUGAGGAGAUGGACGCCCGACUGGGCGAAACGGCGCUGGACCCGGUGGCUGAGGCGGCCCUCAAACAGCACGUGCGGGAGGAAGACGACUGGAAGGCCAGCUUGGACGAGGAGAAGACGCUCAGCGGCCUCACCUGGGAGACACUCAUCUACCACUACCACAAGAUCGCCAACGCCUUGACGCUCUCCGACAACUUUGCGGUCAACCAGCUGCAGGACCUGAUUCUGACCAAGAGCGCCGGCAGCGCCAUCUCCGAAUCGGCCACGGAGGCCGGCCAGCGCGACCUGCAGGACGCCGACGAGCUCGAGAAGGUCACGCGCCCGCCGCGGAUGGGCUAGGCGCCCGCCGCCGCCCCCAGGCCGGCGAAACCGUCAGCACGGCGCACUGAACGCCUCCCUGAGGAGCGCUGCUGGGUCUGUGCCCACGCAGCCAUGGGCUGUUCUGAUGGAACGAAGCGGCCUCGGAGGGGAGGGGGCAUAAGGGGGGUCUCUUUUGGGAAGAGGGAAUGGUGACGGAAUUACGAACGGAAGACGCGAGACACGCAUCUGGAUAUAACGCAGAAGCAAACCGAUCGCUCAAGAGCACGGACGCGGAAUACGUCCGUUUGUUCAAUAUAGAUACCUGACGAUGUCAUACUGCGGCGUUCAAGUUCAAUCUCAGAGUGGCGUGAUCGUGUGGAUUGCUACGCAUUGUCCUUAAGCUGCACGUAUUUAUUCUUGAUCUGUUUUCCCAAAGAUUUUCACGAAUUUUGUCAUGUUAAUCUCAGUGCUGGCUCGUCCAGGAAACAGGUUGUCCGGAUGUUCUGCUGUGCUGGCAGUGCUGCAUGGCGUUCUAAAUGCCUGAAGUUGCCACACAUAAGCAUGUCUGCAUAGCGCCCUGUCGUGCUCUGCAGCCUCAGCCAGGUCUGUAAAGCAUCUUUGGCAGGUACCCAAUGCCAUGCAGACACCACGCGGUGCUGAGGAUUGCGUUUGCCGCUCACAUUGAUUCUUUUCUGUGUUGAGUUUCGUCUGUCGGGUAUUAUUGGUUGUGUUGGUUGCGCGUUCAUUGCCACUGGUCCGUGCAUCUCUAUCGAUAUAGACUGUGAUAACAAAUACACCAUUGCACAUCAGAUACUGCCAUUGCCCGGUCGAUAGCAGAUUUAGGUAGCACCUCACACAUCUUAAAUUUAAGUGGUUAGGUAAUCAUCGAUGGAUUAAUGAUGGCCUCAUCGGGGUACUCACACGCUUACUGUCUGACUGUACCUGCCCUAUUUGGACUCAUGCUAACGAUCGUCC